AUGUAUCUAGAUAUGCACCUGAGUGCUGGCGUUGACGGCUGGGCUCUGGGCCCUGAUGCCAUUUCGUUGCACGCGCCCACCGUCGGCACGCCGCCGCCGCUGUUGCCCACACCGGCCGGCUCACCAGCGCGCGAGCGAGCGAGUGAGGGCUCGUCCUGCCACGUUGUGCACGAACGGGUGGAGGUGUCCUUGCUGAGUUCGCCCAAGUGUGCCAGGAGUGCACAGCUCUCAGUGGCGGAGGCAUCGGAAAGUGCUGACGGCACGACUGUGCUGCUCCGUGCACGUCUUGCGCCGGCGAUGGGGCCUAGUAGGUGUAGUGGUAGUGACAGUGACAGCGAUAGUCAGGCCAGUGGAAUCAUGAUCGUGUACUACCCUGCCGUCGAGCGUGGUACCCUUUUCUCUAAAAACAGAUCUUUGCACUACCCGAAAAUAUCUCUCUCCAUCCGUGCGCCGCAUGCCGUCGUUGGUCAGUACGCGAACGGCGCAGUGACGAUUUUUACUGCCCUGAGACGCGGAACACUGUGA